AUGAGUAGAUUUGAUAUGCAUGUACACAAGCCCUACUAUUUCAAUGCUUCAAACAUAUCCCGAUACUCCGAAGAGGACUUUAAAGUUAAAUUUUGGUCUCAUAUUCUUGAACUUUUUGGAAAACGCACUAAUAUUUUUACUAGGGGUGACACUGUACCUACCAUUUUUAAAAAAACUAAGGCCAAACCCAAGGUGGAUUUGAGAAUAAUGUCAGUUUUGAACUCAAAAGAGGGCGAUUACUCACUUGGCGAAUUCUCCAAAGUAGCUGAAAGCACAAAGCUGUAUGAAGACAAACUUAAGCUUUCACUCAUGGCAAAGUUUCAUCUAAAUUCGCUUCUAAAAACCAACACCAACUGCACCUAUCCCUUUGUCAUGAUCAUGGGGUUUGAAUUUGUGCUUUUGACAAUGGAAUUUAUAGAGGGUGAAGGAUAUAACAUGAAUCAGAUCGACCAAUGCUGUUUCCCAAUCACCAAAAAGGCCAUUACAUCUGGAGGUAUUAAAGACUUAAUCAAUUGUAUUAAUACUGUAAAGGUGAGCUAA